GGAAAUCAUAAAGAUCGGACGGUCCGUCAUCUUUCCCAGAGAUUCGGUGUCAGAUGAUGAAACUGACUUGCGUUUCUGGAAACAUAUCUUCACGAUAUUUUUUUGGAAUCCGUGAUUUAUAUAUUUCCAUAGAAUCGUUUCUUCCCUUAUAAAUCCCUUUAUUGGGAUCAUCAGAUUCUCCCAGAUCUCGGAAACCCACAAAAAAGGGAGAGAGAGAGAGAGAGAGAGAAAGCAUGACAGUUGCGGAAGCGGAAGCAUCGAACCACAACAACUCGGCGGAGCUCCCCCUAACCACCGCCGGCUCCGACGGCGGAGCGACGGCGAAGAAGCUGACUUUGGUUCCUCUGAUAUUCCUUAUAUACUUCGAAGUCGCCGGCGGUCCCUUUGGGGAAGAACCGGCGGGUCAAGCCGCCGGUCCGCUUCUGGCGAUCCUCGGUUUCCUAAUCUUCCCUUUCAUCUGGAGUGUUCCUGAAGCCCUAAUCACUGCAGAACUCUCCACUGCUUUUCCAGGCAAUGGAGGGUUCGUGAUAUGGGCUCACCGUGCAUUUGGAUCGUUCGUCGGGUCCAUGAUGGGUUCGUGGAAGUUUCUUAGCGGUGUGAUCAACGUUGCUUCGUUUCCUGUCCUCUGCGUCGAUUACUUGGAUAAGCUCUUCCCCGCCCUUGAAUCUGGUUGGCCAAGAAAAGUUUCAAUAUUCGCCUCGACAGUGCUCUUAUCUAUCUUGAACUAUACAGGCCUGAGCAUUGUAGGAUAUGCUGCGGUUAUUCUCGGUGUCGUUUCUCUCUCGCCUUUCCUUCUCAUGUCCGCCAUUGCAAUCCCCAAGAUCAAACCUCACCGUUGGGGUAACUUGGGAAGCAAGAAAAGGGAUUGGACCCUCUACUUCAAUACCCUUUUCUGGAACUUGAAUUUCUGGGACAAUGUCAGCACUCUUGCCGGCGAAGUGGACAAGCCCCAGAAGACGUUUCCCUUGGCUCUUCUCGUUGCCGUGAUCUUCACCUGCAUAGCUUACCUGAUUCCUCUUUUCGCAGUCACUGGGGCAGUGUCGGUAGACCAGAGCAGAUGGGAAUCAGGGUUUCAUGCCGAAGCAGCAGAGAUGCUGGCCGGAAAAUGGCUGAAAAUAUGGAUAGAGAUCGGUGCUGUCUUAUCAAGUAUCGGCCUUUUCGAAGCUCAGUUAAGCAGCAGCGCUUUUCAGCUGGAGGGCAUGGCGGAUUUAGGGUUCUUGCCCAAAUUCUUCGCUGUUCGAUCCAAAUGGUUCAACACUCCAUGGGUCGGAAUUCUCUUGUCAGCUCUCAUGUCUCUCGGUUUGGCUUACAUGGACUUCACAGACAUCAUAUCCUCUGCAAAUUUCUUGUACAGUUUGGGGAUGUUGUUGGAAUUCGCAUCGUUCAUAUGGCUAAGGAAAAAGCUUCCUGGGCUUAAGCGCCCUUACAGAGUUCCGUUUAACAUUCCGGGACUGGUGGCGAUGUGUUUGAUCCCAUCAGGGUUCCUUUUUGUGAUAAUGGUGUUUGCUACUAAGACUGUCUAUCUUCUGAGCGGUCUAAUGACUGCAGGAGCGAUCGGUUGGUAUUUUCUGAUGAAUUUCUGCAGAUCAAGGAAGAUCUUCGAGUUCAGUGAUGGUGCCAUUGAUGAUGAUCGUGAAUCAUGAUGGUUCAGCACAAGUUCGGUUUGAAGACAUGAAUGGAGUUCUUGCUCCUGUUUGUACUUCUGUCUACUUUCUGUACCAUGUUAUCUGCAUUUAUAUGAACACUGAAACCGAAUCAUUCAGAGAGAAAGUGAUUCUUCCAUCUUCGAUCUA